AUGCAGAACGAGUGGUUAGACAUAGGAGAUUUUUGCAUCCCAUUAGCAUUAAAAUGGCGCACUUUAAUUUAUGAUUGGUCGCCAGCAUUGCUAAAAUUCUAUCUCAAUGCGUUCCAGAUGACUCUCCCAGAUCAGAGUAAUUUAGUAAGAUGGGGUAAAAGUACCGAAAAAACUUGCUAUAUCUGUGGAAAGGCAGUUGGAACUGCUAAGCAUCUGCUGGUGGGAUGUAAGGUACUCCUUGACAGCGGUCAAUACUCGCGUCGUCACGAUAGGGUUCUAGAAGUCAUACGUGAAGCGGUUAGUCUUUCGGUAGCCAGAGCGCAAAAGGGAAUAACUACAAACGAACGAUCAGUAGGUUUUGUGAGAGAAGGCUCUAGGGCUACAAAAUCAAACGUCAAGCCUUACUCCAUCCUUAAAGCGGCGUCGGAUUGGACUAUAAUGAUGGACACGUAUGAAAAACAAUAUAAAAUCCCCGAGGAUAUUUGUGCGUCGGCCUCCAGACCGGAUAUAUUUUUGUUUUCGCGAAUUUUAAAGCGCGUAGUGAUGAUAGAGCUUACGGUCCCUUGGGAAACCAACAUCCCCAAAGACCAUACCAUCAAGGUCAACAAAUAUUACGAGCUCACAAACGAACUCACUCGAAAUAGGUUCGUAGUAGAUUUGUACGCGGUAGAGGUGGGAGCGAGAGGUAUAACAGCGAAAUCUCUCUAUAACCUACUAAAGGACUUGGGCUUGCCCAGAACUCACAUUAAUGCAUUCUUGGAACGUACAUCGAAGGCAGCCCUAGUAGGUUCUUUUCAAAUUUGGUUAGGUAGGGAGAGGAGCUUGGACAGUGGAGGUGAGCGUAUAACGCGCGUUAGUUAA